UUCUCGGGUGGCAGUUUUUUCUGGACGAUUGUGUAAAUCAAAUAUUGAGGUCGCAUCAAAGUAGAGCAACCCUUUGGUCAUUAUAGUCUGGAAGCAGUUAUGUACACCGUGACAGCAUUAUUAUAGUAGACUGAAAACAGAACGACGAAUUAACAUAAUGACGGCACCGAAUUUAGCAGACGGCCGAAGGAAAGGAGAAAAAAUGUUUCCAAACUUGUUCCGCUGCACAAUUCAUUCUAUCAAACAAUAAUGGGAAAAUAAUUUUGAGCGUAAGAAUUUUUCUUGCAAAAUAAUGUAAGUCAAGGGUGACCAGUCAGUGAAUUCGUGAAAAGGAAGUCUGGACAUUAAAAAACCGAGUCUUUUAUUGACUAAAAGGCAGAGUGAAGAAAACACAAUACUUGAAAAAUGAAUAACGUGAAUGUCACGAUAAAAAAUUUGAAAAGAUUUUUAUCAAAAUGAGUGCAUUUCGUUAUCCAUUCGUCAAAGAAAAGAAAGGUGUUGUUCACAUAGGACACGAAAAUAGUCACCUGUCUUCCAUCUAAAAGGUAAUAUGUUGAUUUUUCUUACACGCACCGCUAACGGCACUUUCAUGGCCGAGUUAACACCGCCCCGUACUACACUAAAACCUUUUAUCCUCACAAUCUUUAUUCACGCGGGCAUUUUUUUUUCUUCCUUUAGCGCAGGGCAAUUUUCUUCUUUCCCAAGCAUCCAUAUUUAGAUAAUCUCAAUGGCGUAACAAUUACCGUCCCACACGAAAAAAGGCAUUCCGUGUACUACGACUCGCGAAAGUUAUUCGACGUAUCAAUGUUACUACCAUCGCUGUGAUUCGUAUAAAAAAUUGGCGGUGCGUGUAAAACUUGGCCUUAUCAGACAUCAGUAUUCACGAUUCAGGGCGUGGGAAUGCAUUGUGCAAACAAAGCCGCCCUCGUACUGUUGGUUAUGCGGUCAAUAUUUUGCAUCUUUAUCUCGCUAAUUUACAUUUCUUUUAGACUCCCUUUCGAUUCCUACCUUUUGACUAUAUUGAUUUCAUUACUAAUUUAGUUAUAGCAUCUCUUUUUUUCGCGUUAACAAUAUUUAAGUGUAAUUUAUUGAAAUGCUGUAGGUAUAGAUCAAAGAGCCAUCUUCGUGUUAAUGAUUUUGCAAUUGCAUCAAUCAAAUAACGAAAUUUAUGGCUGUUUGUACCCAUUCCCCUAAUACUGUUAGUUUCACUUUCACAUUCACGUGAGGCGUCAACCUUUCAAUCUUUUUGUUCCGCGUAAAUUCUUGGAAGCUCUAUAUACAGAACAGAUAUUCUAUUAUGCCUGAGACACGUAGAUCAUGUUGCCCCUCUGGGUGAAUGUACUGAUUUACCGUUCAUGAACAGGAUAAAACGAGCGGCAUACUCGGUAUUUUCUGUACGUCUAAAUAAGGAGAAAAAGAUAACGUGUGUGGUAUGUUGCCGCUAAGCGAAAAUGCCACAAUGGGAUAAGCAGAAAGGAAAAGUAUAACGUCGUACCCCCUUUUUGUUUCCAGUCAAACUUGUCUUUUUAUGGUGCGGUGUCAUACCUUCUAUGGACAUUUCGAAUUUUCUCGAUGGGCAAAUAAUUUCAUGGCACAUAUAAAGUGACAAUAGGUCAGAGAUAGUAAAGAACAAACAAUGUGUUAAAAAAAAGUUUAAAACUGCGCCCAGUAUUAAUGACCUGCACAUUGGGUUGAAAACUGCAAUCGAAUGGAUACUGCAACCCUUCAGAAUCAAUCAUGGGAAUUUGAAAGGUCCCCGAAGAACUGUUUACCAGACGAUAACCACAAAAUUAAAAAAAGAUGGUUCUCAAAAUUGAGUUCAACAUUUUUGGAACAAUUACUAAUAGCCCGGGGCCUAGUAGAUAUAAACGUUGGUCGUUUUUUUUUCGCCAAAAAACUUUUCGCAAGGCCAAAAGAGCAGUAGUUGUUUGUCAAACUUGAUUGAGUAGUGUGCUUAUUUUGAAAGACAUGGUGGUGAAAUCAGCAUCAAUUUCGUUUUUAAUUGUGAUGGCUGUGGCCUCGUCUAUUGAAGGAUCUAGUAUUCUAAUAUCGGUCCCAUUUGGCACAAAAAGCCACAAGAACAUGUACGUGCCUUUAGUUCGAGAACUAGUGAAUCGAGGACAUAAUAUCACUGUUAUCACUAAUUACAUGACGGCCGAUUUUAUGGACCUAAAAAACGUUCACGAAAUUGUUCUAGAACAAUUAAGCCUGAACAUGUCGCACUAUCCGAACGUAUUUGACAGUUUACUUUCAUCAAGUUGGAACUGGGGUAAUUGGGGUUUGACAAGCCAACUACUCCGCACACAAUCAGAGUAUCCACCCAAGGUUACGAAUGUACUUUACGAUAACCCAAAAGUUCAACAAAUGCUCGCUAACGAUAAAUUUGAUCUAGUUGUUGCCUCUCAGGUAUUAAUCAUGUCAAGUGCUCCGUUAUCUUGGCAUUUUAGGGCUCCAUUAAUGAUAUUCAGCCCAAACACGUUAUUCCCUGGAAUGGCCACUAUUUUGGGCGAUGAUGAACAUACUAGUUACGUACCAUUAGUGUUUUCUCCUUACACCGAUAAGAUGAAUCUCUGGCAGAGGAUCCUCAACACUGUUGCCACCAACGUGAUUCUGUUGUUUCAGCAGUGGUAUGAAGGAUCUAUAAUUCCUUUAAUUGUCAAAGAAAAGGGCAUGUCUUGUUAUCAAGAAAUUGACGACAUAAUUAGAAAUGUGACAGUGGUUCUUACCAACAGUCAUCCGAGUUUCACUUAUCCUCGUUCCUUACCGCCUCAAGUCAUCGAAGUGGGUGGUAUUCACUGCCGAUCUCCCAAGCCAUUGCCGAAAAACUUGGAAGACUUCGUAUCUGGUGCUGAUGGCUUCUUGCUUUUUAGCAUCGGGAGUCUUCAAAAUAUGGAAGAUAUGCCUGAACAUCUUCUGCAGUCGUUCAUUCGAGCUUUUUCCCGUUUGCCUUUACGAGUUAUUUGGCAAUGGAAAGGAAAAAUAAGGGCAGAUUUGCCUGCCAAUGUUUUUGCCAUUCCUUGGUUACCACAACAAGAUCUAUUGGGGCAUCCUGGAUGUCGUGCUUUCAUUACUCACGGCGGUUUAAACAGUUUACAAGAAGCCAUUUAUCACGGUGUUCCCAUGCUAGGAAUACCUUUUGGCAUCGAUCAGUUUCUUAACCUGCGACGGGCAGUUAAUGAUGGUUACGCCUUGCAGCUACAAUGGAAGGAAAUCAACGAAAAUACUUUAAGUUCCGCAAUUCAGCAGUUGCUCUUCAAUGAAUGCUUUUCGGAUGCUGCCGUAAGGCUGUCUGGUCGUAUGCGUGAUCAAAUGGAAACGCCACUAGAAAGAGCUGUUUUCUGGACCGAGUAUGUGAUCCGUCAUAAUGGAUUAGUUGACCAUUUGCGAUUAGGAUCGCGCGAACUGGCACCUUACCAGCGGUCGCUGAUCGAUGUAUAUCUAAUCUUGAUUCUUGUUUGGAUUCUUCUACUUGUUUUUGUUUUACUUUGUUUGCGAAACUGCAGCUGCUCGUCUAAAAGCAAGGUAACAACUAAAGAUGUGAGGAAUAAACAAGAAUAGAAAAAAGUGAAAGUUCCUUAUUGAAUUUGUACGAGAACUGAAUACAUAUCUUUCAAGUCCAA